AUGAUGCCGCGAAAAGGCACUUGGGGUCGGACUGGAAAAGCGAAAGCGGAGAGACCAACGCUGGCCGUGUCAGGCGGUUUCGUCCUCCAGGCUUUUUGGCCCGCCACCCUUUUGCCUCUCUUUUCGCUCUCCCUGGAUCUUCUCCAGGUCCUCUCUCGCCCGGAAAUUAUAUCUAUCAACUUGGACCAUCGCGGAACCGACAAGUAUGAGCGAUAUUGUGCCGCGUCUUUGCGCCCUUACGACCGUGAUGACCAAUUUCCUUCGGCGUUCUUCCUCUGCCUCUCGGGGUUUGCCACCGAAUUCAGCAUCCGACAACCUGACCCCCUUCUGACUGAAGAUCUACCUGGUGACUUUCUUUGCUACACAGUCCUAGACUUCCCCAGUGGUAUUUUCCCUUGGUCAACCAAACUUCAUAUCUACAGUAAUAGCACGGUGUCGCUUUUCGGACAGUGCCCCCAAGGUCGCGCGCAUAACCCAUCUUCUCGAACGGUCCCCAUUUACCAGAACAAGCGGAGUCCUGCUCUCUUUCUCGGCCUUGGUCACGAGUUCACCCCCCCUUCAUGUCGCUGGUGGUACGACUACAACGCUAAGUCCCCCAGGUACACCGGUCGUCAUGACCCUUUAGGGGCUAUCAUCCCAGGGGGCAGAAGGAUGUCGUUGGUAGACACCCCUGCUAGAGUCCUAAGGCUAAUCAACCAGUCCUUUCAUCAUUGUCCUGGAAAAUCUGGCAAGCAAUCAACAAUCAAAGCCUCCCCUUACCCCUCUAUCACAAAGCGCACAGACAGUCCGUCACAUUCUAUGAUUAGAAACACAGGCACAUCUAGGCGCGAACCGCUGCGGACAAGAUACCCAGCAUUAACCGCCCACGAAGAAGCCAAUGCCGGUCCGGACGAAUCACGCACGAUCAUGGAGCUUCCAGAUACACCCACAUGCAUCGAGCGGGCUGAAGAUGCUGCGAACUAG